AUGUCAAAUUCCCCUGCUAAAGAAAGUAGAACGAAAAAGGUCAGAAGGCGCGCAGGUCCCUUCAAGAGGUCAAGGACAGGUUGUGGUACAUGCAAGAGGCGUGGGAAGAAAUGUGAUGAGGAGUGGAGUGACGAGGGGUUCUGUCAGCGAUGUAUAGUCGGAGAGUUCGAGUGUACAGGACGGUCUGAACUGGUCAACAAGAAAGCACAGUCUAUUGAGAAUGAGGCAUCGUCGAGAAGGGACAGUAGUGUGAGAAGGUCUUCAAGUGCCAGUGACGCUAUCGAAUCUUUGACAAAUCAUCAAUUUAGUCAAGUACGUACCGCCCCUGCACCAGAUCUCACUCCUCCAACUGUCCAGCCCAUCCUCAAUUAUGAUACAUCGAAUGCGUCCAACGCCUCCAUCGCCGGACCUUCCCAUCAUCUAUCUCAGACUCAACCUCAGCCCAUUGUCGACAAUUCAAAUGUCCUCGGGAAUUCUGGAUUGUGGACCACCCCACAUACAACACAAAACAACAACCUCUUUAUGGACUCGAUGAACUUCUUCCUCUCCUCGUCUAAUACUCAACCUUUGUACAAUUGGCCAGGACAGUUCGCUACCCAACCCUCGGCAUUCUUGACCACCAACAUCGACGGAUCAUUGGCGAUCGACUCUCAGCCAUUCCUAUGGAAUAAUCAGACUACGAAUGAUUUUCUAAACGACUUUACAGCUCCAUUCACUACAUCCGUCAACAACGACUCGUGUAAACAAGCAGUAAAUCACCAUCAUCAACUCAACGCAAAUUCGAGGGUGUUGUUCUUGAACACGGAGAAGCCUACUAGACAAGGGGUUUCUUUGGCGGAAAUAUAUGCCCGAGUAGUGGAAUCUUGGCUUGUCGGUAUACCUUCAACCACGAGGGACUAUGCUCGUGCUCGUAUAUUAGCUCUGAACGAUAACAACAGUGUGAUGCGAAAUGUCCGAUUCGCCGUCUCUGCAGCAUACAUAUUCCUCUUCGCUGGAUGUCAAGAACGGGCGGAUAAUCCCAAUGAUCCUCAACCCAAGCUAGUGGAGUUGGCGUACAAAGGGGCGGGAUUGGUAGAUGGCAAGUCCACUUCUGUAUCUCAGUCUGGUGCAGAGGGAAGUGAGGUGAUAUCACCCAGUAGUAAAGAUGGGGAAAAGGAAGGACCGAACUCCGCCUUGAAGAAGAUUAGAAUAUACGUAGACCAUGUGUCUACGCCUUUUGCCGCUGAUAUGGAAAGUUUGAAAUGGACGGAGGAUGCGGUGAGGGAAUUGAAGGAGAUUCAGGUCACGGAUAAAGCGCAGUUAUCUGAUCUACUCUGGGGAGUCAUUGACCUUCAAUUAGUGGAAUUCAUCCGAGGAGGUGCAGCACCUUCAUACAAUAUGUUAGCUCUAGGCGAUAGACUAGUCAGACAGGCGAUGGGCAGUGUUCGUCCUCAAGUGGUCUUGUCGAGUCUCAGAGCGUCCGAUAGCUUCUCGCUUCGACUAUAUGCUUUAUCGGAUAUCAGUCGUUGCAUCGUACACAGGGGGAAGAAGACAAUAUUCAACUUCUGGUCUGACAUCAAUGACAAUCAAAGUGAACCUGCUACUCAUUCCGAUGACGAGGAACCCUGGGCUACAUAUCUUGGAUUACCCGACUCCAUCGUGAUCUUAUUAGCUGAGGUGGUCAACCUCUGUGCUGAACUAUCUUCAAGCUCUCCUUCAUCAAUUAAGCAACAAGCCGACGAAUUGGAAACCGCAUUGAAAAGUUGGCAAUCGCAAACAUUCAGUACCCUCAACUCGGUCGAUUCGACUGCAUUGAUAUCACGUACGAUCGCAGGCGAACUAUGGCGUCUUUCGGCAUUAGUCCUAUUAUAUGAAUCUGUCCAUCGUGUGGGAGGUCUACAUCCUGUCUUACGAAGAGCCCAGAGCGAAAUUCUUAGCCUGUUAGAUUCGAUAGUGAGAUUGCCCAAUGGUGAUUUAUGGGGCUUCAUAGGUUUACCUGCGUUCUUGGCUGCGUGCUUGAGUAUAUCCGACAAUGAUAGACAGAGGUCAAUGCAGCAUUUAGUCAGACCCGGUCCAGAGAGAAUGUGGUUAGAUAAUAUAGCUCUGGUAGAAAAGGUAUGGGAAGAAACGGACCAAACUGGGAAAUUACCAGAUUGGUACGAUAAGAUGAUGAGGGAAGGGAUGUCUGUGGCUUUCUUCUAG